CCGCCUAUUCUCCGCUCGCACUCUCCUCAUCGUCCGACACAACCAUGACCACCGAACUUUCCAUCCGCAUCCCCUCGCCGCCGUCGCUCAAGUCGUCCUCGUCGCGCUCGCCGUCACCGAGCUCGCGGCGCACGAACACGCUGAUCAUCACCCAGCUGCCUCCGGCCUUUUUCCACCCGCUGGUUCUCGCCACGUUAAAAGAACAUUUUGCAAGCUAUGGCCCGAUACACUCGUGGGCGCCGAUUAGGGCGUUCGCAAGAGCGAUCCUGGUGUACUAUAACGAGGACGACGCCGAGCAGGCGAAGUUGGAAUGCGACGGGCUUAUCAUAGAAGCGACGAAAGACAGCCCUGAAACGAUCUUGCGAGUAUAUCGUGGUGACCCCAUUCCUGUGUCGCUCCCCUCACCCGGCGCAGACGGAGACUCGAACCACCUCAAACCCCCGCCACUCGAGAAGAACUUCCUCAUUUCACCCCCAGGCUCCCCGCCCGUCGGGUGGGAGCCCAUUAAGGAGGAGCCGCCGAACGCGGCGCCGCUCGCGGACGACCUCAUCGCCGCGCUGAAGAAGCUGCAGGUCAAGGAGCGGAGGCGGAGCGUCGAGGUGCUCAUCGAGCCGGAGGAGAGCGGCGUAGGCGUGUACGUGCAGGACUGCGAUUGCGAUGAGGAUGAGGAGGAGCGUAUGGAGGAGGAUGCGGAGGAGGAGUGGGCGUAUGGCGAGACGGCACCGUCGAGGAUGAAGUGGCGGCCUGUGCCCACGUCUAUGCCGCCGGUGCAGCAGCCCAUGGUCGGGAUGGUAUCGUCCUGAGCUGCGUAAUGAGAAGACAUGACGAGGUCGACGAAGACCUUAUGUGGUACGCCGGCGAUGACCCUUGAUAAUUCUUACGACAAGAUCGGAUCGUUUCCAGAGGAGCUUCACGGACUUAUUUGCCUUUCGUAGACGUUCUACUUUACUGGGGUGUAAAAGGAGCUUACGGACUCAUCUACGGGUGUACUUCUAUAUUUACACUACUGUCUGUUGUCUCAAUUAUGCAACGCUAAUCACAUCUACUUUCCGGUCA